UGACAUUUGGAGCUUAUUUUCCCGUGUUUUGAGGCAGUGUUCGUGGGUAUAAACUUUUUUUCUUUUGGAAAAUAUAUGAUUGGAAGUGGAAACAUGUAUUAGUUAUUCUUUGCAUAUGCAGAGGGCCCAAACACAUACGCGCGAUAUCGGUAGUUUUCCUCCAAGAUGAACGUGCUGGGCAACCGUGACUCAGACAGCGAGAGCUAUUCAGCCUCCUCGUCCAGGCACUCAGAGGAAUCGUCUUUUGGCUAUGAAGAAGCAGAAUGGCUGGAGCAUGUGGAGAGUGAUGGAUCCUUGCUGUAUGUGGAGUCCUAUGUCUCAAGCACUGUGAGGGAGAAACAGGCACAGGCAUUUAAGGCAUCGGGAGGAGGAGAGAAGAAGCCGGCAUUUUCGUCUCCCUCGAAGGAUAUUAAAAAGAAGAAUAAACUCCUUCGCCUGUUACAGCGUCGGCCAAGCGUGAGGGUGAAGAGUGGGCAUCGGGUAGGUGUGGGAGGGGAGGGAGGCCCCAGGAGCGGAGCGGACUUAACCUCAGCACCCAAGGUCACCUUUAGGGAUAAUCCAAGUGGAGAAGUUAGGAAGGUUAAUUUACAGGUAUCCGAAGGUGGCAAUAACCUGGGUCGUAGAGCAAGCCUGUGUGAGACUGUCUUGGGUGUUGUUCCUGGACGUUUCAGUGAACCUCCAGAUUCGAGGGUGAUGGUGGCGGGUCUUGUCCCAGGCUCUCAGGCCCUGAGAGACGGCGUCAUCAAAAUCGGUGACUGGCUCAAGGAGGUGGAUGGAACAGACAUCAACUGGGACAACUUGGAUGAUAUUCUAGCUGAGUUACAGAUUCCCUCAACCAUUAGCUUGUCUGUGCAGAAGUGUGCAUCAGAGACCCUGCCUGAGGAUACAGAUCAUGAUAGAAAGAGAGUAAUUCAGACUCAGCUGGUGAAAGUGGUCACGGGAGCAGAGGUGGACAGUCGAGACAAGACGUUUCUCCAAGAGCUGCCCCACACUCUUCUCUACCUCAGUCUUGUGGGUGUGACUGAGGACUCACCUGAUGGGGCUGAUAUUAGGUAUCAGUUCCCAAACUGGAGUAACAAGCUGGUUAAAGUUCGUGGGAUGUUUAUCACCGCAGCCCACACAGUGCAGGAAGUGACAGGGGAGCCUACUUUGUGCUCAACAGUGUUGAUAGAUGGAGAGUAUUAUCAUGUUGCAUAUGUGAGAGAAAAUAACGAUAUCUUCCUCCUUGCUCUUCCACAUUCCUAUGUGUCAAGCCAUGAAAUAAUAGCACUGAUGGAACAGAUUGCUAAUCUUAUCAAAUUUGAAUUUGAAACCUUGACCAAUGGCGUGGGUCUGUCCCACAACAAAGCCUACCUGGACCACCUCAUGAGCCACAUCCUAGGGAGCGUCCUUUCACAGGGGUGUAGAGGAGGUGGAGGAGGGAACGGCCAAGCCAACCCCUACCUGCCUCUCAUCCCAACCGCGUCACAGAGCCUUAUCUUCGCCCUCCCCACUUGGCUAAUUCUCCAAGGGGAUGGGGAGACGAAACUUCAGAUUGAUAAUUGUCUGAGUGAGUUGGAGUCUGGUGAUUUUGGGGAUGAUGAUUCAGACUGUGAUGACUGUUCUUCCCUCUACAACAUAUUGGGUACCUGUCUGUUUUACAAGGGCAGAUUGGGCUCCCAUCUAUGCACAGAGGACCUUCAACACAUGUGGCUUUUCGUGCAACACCAUGGGCUGCUCUCGCUAACCACCCAUGAAUCUGUCAGUCAACUUGUGGCUUGGAGACAGGUUUAUCCCCCGGGCCAGCCGAGAGAUGAGGGACCAAAACACUACUUGUUGAUUGUUGCUACGAAUCAUAUGCUGUUGGGACUUCUCUUGGAGGCUGGAGGAGUCACAGAAUUUGUAGAAGAUGGUGCAGGACCAGACCCAUUCCUAGUGGAUCAGGCCGAGGCUUCCUUGUAUCAGCUUCAUGCUCUUCAUGUUCAUACUGUCUGCGAGGAAAGCUUGUUCAACGGGGGCAUUGAAACCAUUGCAGCCGAUGAAAAGUUUGGCAGAGGAACACCCACAAAGAAGGCUAAAGAAAAGAGUGACGCAGUAGACGGCGGCAUCAGACUGCCAGACGUGCCCUCGAUCUUAAAGCAGAAGUCCUCCCCCCUGCCCGAGUCACGGCUGCACAUCCACGACCACACAGGAUGCGAGUGCGAGGGUAGCGUCGGGGAGACCAGCGAGGAUUCCUUCACGCACAGUUCCCAGGGUUCGUCGCUCGCCUUGGAGGAGGACGAGGGGGAGGACGAGUCCGACUACGACUGGAGGAUUUUCAAGUCUGCCGAGAGUCGUGGUCUUCACCAGUAUGAUCUGGAUAUAAAGGCACCAACCAAUAAACAUCCUACCUCCCCAAUUCGGAUUACCAGUGGGAAUGAGAGAGUUCUUUUCCACAUGGUGCAGUUGGAGGUUGGGGAAGGGGUGAUGGUCCAGUCCAUUCCCCCUCCAGCUUCUUCAUCUCCCACUGGCUCUCCCUCCUUGAGCUCUCAACCACACCCUCCUUCCCUCCAGGCUCAGGUUCUCAAUAACUUUCGGUCUGUUUGUGCUCAUAUACACCAUGUACUCCAUGCAGCUGUAAGGGGAAAGGAACAACAUGGCAUUUACGGAAGCAGUACAGCCCUAAAUGGCAUAAAAGAACAUGGUGUCUUAUUUACAUACUCACCCCCUGCAACUGACGGCACAAAUGGAAGCAAAAGAAGACCUCCACCACUCUCUUACUGGGUUGUUGGAAGACUACUGGGUCCACCAUAUCACCGAGAAAUUUACAUCUGCUACCAUGAGGCCAUUCCCCAGAAUGUAAUUGAAUUAGCUUUCCGAGUGUCACUGGGAUGCAUCAUUUGAGUUUUGGUUUGAUGAGAAUCUAAUUCAUAUUUAUAUUACAUAAGUUGGAAAGACAACAUCAUUGAUAAAGUAGA